CCUCGCCCCUCCCCCCCACUUCGUCCCGCAGCCCAGUGGCCGCGCCGCUGAGUUGGGCUCCCCUGUUCCAGACUUGUGCAGAGCGGGUGGAGAGGUUGGGCUUUUCAGUGGAAGCAGCAUCCCUGCCGUCUGGGACCUGGCGGAGGGCGUCUCCACUCUGGGGGAAAGCAAAGGACCCUCCCUGACCUAGCCUGGCCCAGCCUGGUCCUGUCCGGCCUGAGCGCCCCGCCCAGGAGCUGAUUCCGAGGCAGGGGCCACUGGGGUUGCAGAGCGUGGCCGCCAUGGACAAGAUCUUGGAGGCGGUGGUGACGUCAUCAUACCCCGCGAGCGUGAAGCAAGGACUGGUGCGCCGAGUGCUGGAGGCGGCGCGGCAGCCGCUGGAGCGGGAGCAGUGCCUGGCGCUGCUGGCGCUGGGCACACGCCUCUACGUGAACAGCGCCGAUGAGCUGCCCCGCCGCGUGGGCUGCCAGCUGCUGCACGUGGCCGGCCGCCACCACCCAGAAGUCUUCGCCGAAUUUUUCAGCGCGCGCCGAGUGCUGCGCCUGCUGCAGGGGGGCGCCGGGCCGCCGGGCGCCCGCGCGCUGGCCUGCGUACAGCUCGGCCUGCAGUUGUUGCCCGAGGGGCCCUCGGCCGAUGAGGUGUUCGCGCUGCUGCGGCGCGAGGUGCUGCGCACCGUGUGCGAGCGCCCGGGGCCUGCGAUCUGUGCGCAGGUGGCGCGGCUGCUGGCGCGGCACCCGCGCUGCGUACCCGACGGCCCUCACCGCCUGCUCUUCUGCCAGCAGCUUGUGCGCUGCCUCGGCCGCUUCCGCUGCCCGGCCGACGGCGAGGAGGGUGCCGUGGAGUUCCUGGAGCAGGCCCAGCAGGUGAGCGGGCUCCUGGCGCAGCUGUGGCGCGCGCAGCCCGCCGCCAUCCUGCCCUGCCUCAAGGAGCUGUUCGCCGUCAUCUCCUGCACAGAGGAGGAGCCACCAUCUAGCGCCCUGGCCAGUGUGGUCCAGCACCUCCCAUUGGAGCUCAUGGAUGGUGUCGUCCGGAACCUCAGCAAUGAUGACAGUGUGACCGACUCCCAGAUGCUGACUGCCAUCAGCAGGAUGAUCGACUGGGUGUCCUGGCCCCUGGGGAAGAACAUUGACAAGUGGAUCAUUGCACUGCUGAAGGGCCUGGCCGCUGUUAAGAAGUUCAGCAUCUUGAUCGAGGUGUCACUCGCCAAAAUUGAGAAGGUUUUCUCCAAGCUUCUGUAUCCCAUUGUCCGGGGAGCUGCCUUGUCUGUCCUCAAGUAUAUGCUCCUGACCUUCCAGCACUCCCAUGAGGCCUUCCACCUGCUCCUCCCUCACAUCCCCCCAAUGGUGGCCUCUCUGGUCAAGGAGGACUCCAACUCGGGGACCAGCUGCCUGGAGCAGCUGGCGGAGCUGGUCCACUGCAUGGUGUUCAGGUUCCCGGGCUUCCCGGAUCUGUACGAACCCGUCAUGGAGGCCAUCAAGGACCUCCAUGUUCCCAAUGAGGACCGAAUCAAGCAGCUGCUGGGGCAGGAUGCCUGGACCUCGCAGAAGAGUGAGCUGGCUGGCUUCUACCCCCGGCUCAUGGCCAAGUCAGACACUGGCAAGAUUGGUUUGAUCAAUCUGGGCAACACGUGCUAUGUGAACAGCAUCCUUCAGGCCUUGUUCAUGGCUUCCGAUUUCAGACACUGUGUGCUCCGUUUGACUGAGAACAACUCCCAGCCCUUGAUGACCAAGCUGCAGUGGCUCUUCGCCUUCCUGGAGCACAGCCAGCGGCCUGCCAUUUCUCCAGAGAACUUUCUAUCUGCAUCCUGGACACCCUGGUUCAGCCCUGGCACCCAGCAGGACUGCUCGGAGUACCUGAAGUACCUGCUGGAUCGGCUGCACGAAGAGGAGAAAACGGGGACGAGGAUCUGCCAAAAGCUGAAGCAGUCCAGCUCGCCCUCCCCGCCCGAGGAGCCCCCCAGCCCGAGUCCAACCUCGGUGGAGAAGAUGUUCGGGGGCAAGAUUGUGACUCGGAUAUGCUGUCUCCGCUGCCUUAACAUCUCCACCAGGGAGGAGGCGUUCACGGACCUCUCUCUCGCCUUUCCCCCACCUGAGCGCUGCCGCCGCCUGGGCUCAGUGAUGCUCCCCGCAGAGGACGUCGGCGCCCAGGAGCUCCCUUCGCCAUCGCGAGCCCAGGCGCCAAGCAGGGCGGCUCCUCGGAGGCAGAGGAAACACUGCAUCACAGGGGACGUUCCCCCCACCGUCCUGAACAUUGAAGGCCUGGGCCCCCAGGGCCCCGGGGGGCAGAGCAGUCAGGAGGAGGCAGCAAAGGAGGAGGAAGAGAAGGAGGAGAAGGCGGAGAAGGUGGAGAAGGAGGAGGAGAAAGUGGAGAAGGAGGAGAAAGAGGAGAAAGUGGAGAAGGAGGAGGAGAAAGUGGAGAAGGAGGAGGAGAAGGAGAAGGAGGCCGAGAAGGAGAAGGAGGCCGAGGAGGAGGAGGACGGCCUGGGCCCAGGGACCCUCAGAAAUGCUUCUGCCCCCUCUGGGGAGGGUUCCCGCUCGGUCUUGGACCUGGUCAACUACUUCCUGUCGCCCGAGAGGCUGACGGCAGAGAACCGCUACCGCUGCGAGUCCUGCGCCUCCCUGCAGGAUGCCGAGAAGGUGGUGGAGCUGAGCCAGGGGCCGCGCUACCUCAUCCUGACCCUGCUGCGCUUCUCCUUCGACCUGCGCACCAUGCGGCGCCGCAAGAUCCUGGACGACGUCUCCAUCCCCCUGCUGCUGCGGCUGCCGCUGGCCGGGGGCCGGGGCCAGGCCUACGACCUCUGCAGCGUCGUGGUGCACUCUGGGGUGUCCUCGGAGAGCGGCCACUACUACUGCUAUGCCCGCGAGGGUGUGGCCCGCCCAGCCCCAAACGCGGGAGCGGCUGACGGGCCCGAGCCCGACAACCAGUGGUACUUGUUCAACGACACCCGGGUGUCCUUCUCCUCCUUUGAGUCUGUCAGCAACGUCACCUCCUUCUUCCCCAAGGACACCGCCUACGUGCUCUUUUAUCGGCAGCGGCCCCGGGAGGGGCCUGAGGCUGAGCCUGGCUCUCCCCGAGCCCGGGCAGAGCCCACCCUCCACAAAGACUUGAUGGAAGCCAUUUCCAAAGACAACAUCCUUUUCCUGCAGGAGCAGGAGAAGGAGGCGCGGAGCAGGGCGGCCUACAUCUCUGCACUCCCCACGUCUCCACACUGGGGGAGGGGCUUUGACGAAGACAAAGAUGAGGAUGAAGGCCCUCCGGGGGGCUGCAGCCCUGCAGGUGGCAGCGGUGACUUCCACAGACUGGUCUUCUAAUGGGAACCCUCAUCCCCUGGCCUGCUAAGCACUUGUGAGGGUGCCACAGGCAACCUCAGUGGGGGGGACCCAGGUCCCAGGCAGAGGUGCUCGGCCAGGUUGGGUCUGAGGGAGGCUGCGCAGGUCCAGUCCUGAAGGCAGGCCCUUCCGAGGGCCAGAGAGAUGGAGCGGGGGGGGGCUCCUGGGCCCCUGCCCUCAGCCCGAAGGGCACACGGAGAUUCACUCAGAUACGGAGGUGAGACCCAAGCCCCUUAAACCGGGCCUCAGGCCCCAACAGUGGGAUCAGCCCCGUUAAGACUUACUGACACCCAAGUGUCCUGGUCAGCUUGAAGCAGCUGAGAUGGACACUCUCUGGGCCUUGUCCCCUACCCGCUGCAGGCUAUCCCACAGGGCUGAACGUCACAGCGCUGGUGUUUUGCCCUCAAGUAGCAGUUCCUUCCCAGCUCCUUUCAGACAGACAAUCUUGUUUCUCUGUGGUAUACAAAGCAGAGGCAGAUCCAAGCCCUAGCACAAAGAAGGCAGCUGUGUGUCACCCCUCUGGCCGGCUUCUGGUUUCUCUGAGGGGCCUGAGGCAACGUCUGUGGGUGGGUGCCUACACUGUUUGUACUUUUUUUUGAGAGGCGUGUAGGUGGGAAGCAGCCUGGCACAGGACCAGAGACUGUCCUCCUGACACCAAGCAACAACGCACAGAGGGGAGGACAGCCUCUUAAGCCUCUCUCCUGCCUCAGUGCCUGAGAUGCCACCAUUUGCAUCCCCCUUCUGGUUAAGAGAGAGCGCGUCCUUAGGUUCCUGCAAGUAUGUUUCUGUUUCUCACGACAUCGGUCCUGAGGGAAGCUGGCUGGCUCAGCGCCUCAGCAGUUGGCCGUCAUCACGGGGCCGGUCUGGUGAGGAGCAAAUAGUGACCUCAUUGUGCCCUGACCCUGCUGUACCCCUUCUAAAUGGAGAGAAGAGAACCAGGGUCUCAAACAGGAAUAAAAAUAGGUUCUCUGAAGCCUUUAAAGCCGUCGUUCUUCCCGCCUCAGACACUGGCUGGCUGUGAGGUAGGCUCUAACCCUUGGUUUCUUGCUGUGUCUGGACAGGAAGGAGUGGACACCACCCCCUGCCCUGCUGACUUGUGUGCUGCCCCAGGGGAGGCAAGCAUGCCCUGCACUGAAGUGCUGUGUAACUCAAUCAUCAAUUAAUCAACAGUGAGGACUGGUGGUGGGGAUGUGCCCAGAUAGAUAGAUAGAUAGGGGUGGAGGGGUGGGUGCACAGGCUGGGGGCCACCCUAACAGGAUACUGUUAAGGGACUGAUCUGUCAGGUGGGGCUGGAGCUCCUCCAGACCCCAGGAACUCUGGGCUGCUCAGAGACUGCUGCUGCUACCACAUUCCUCCCUUCUUACCUCUGAGAAUCUGGGGUGGGGUGGGCUGGGCUCAGGCCGGGAGGAAAGUAGGCGGCAGCCCUCAGGUUCCAGCCAUCUUGGAGCUUGGGACUGCAGUGGCCUGGCCGGGGGCUUCAGGGGCUGCAGGUGGAGGAGUUUUGGCCCAAAAGCCAUAGACCCUUGAGACCUCAGGGACCAGCGAAAGUGGGCCGACAGUCGUCUGUCAGAGACAGAGUCAGUCAUGCUCAGAAUUCAUCUCUUUGGUCCAUUGAGCCUCCUAAGAAAGAUGAAUUGGCAGAUGUUACUACAAUUUCCAUUUCAUGCACCAGGAGUACAAUUUCCGAGGUCAGGAAGAUUCACAUGUGUUCUCAGCCAAGAAAGGUACCCAGUUAUUUCCUGUUCAAAUGAAAGUGGAGCAGACUGGCACAGCGAGCCGGGAUCCCAGUGUGUGUGCAUUCCAUCCCCAGCCCCUCCGGACGAGACACACUCAGCAGCCCUCCUGGUUGCGUCUAAUGGACUUUAUUGUUGUCCAGACCCAACACCAUAGUAAAAAGGGACCUGCAAGCUCCAGGCCUGUACCAUGUGUCACCACAGCGAAAACAGGACCCAUGUGAACACGUUCCCACCCCUCCCCAGACCUACUCACAGGAUAAAUACGUGUUACAAAUUUUUUUUAAAAAAGAAAACAGAAUAAAUUAAUAACUUAAGUGAUUAGGCACCAACAGUGAUUUGAAAAAUUAAAUGUCAAUUUUAAAUGGUAAGAGGGCCAGAAACCUAAGACUGGGCUUCUUCCAGCCCAUUUUCUCUUCCCGACAAAGCAACGAUUCUGUGGGAAAUGAUUCUAAAUUUCAAGACACAUGUAACCAACAAACACAUAAGAACACACACCACCAAAUAUCACAUGACAGCCUGAAUCUCCAGGGGGACCCCUCAUCAGGCAGCCCACCUGGCCCCAAAGAGCUUGGUGCGUUCCGGAAGGAGGGGGCUUUAGAGCUCCUGCGCUCAGCCUCCUUCCCCCACGUUUUGCAGAAGGGCCAGAGGGGGAAGUUCGUGCCAAUUUCCCUCCUGCCCGGCACUCUGUUUCCAGAGCCCUGUCACAGGGGUGUGGGUCAGCCGCAGCUUGCGGCUGAGGCCUUAGCCCUGUGCCAGGUAAAUCCCUUGAGAACAGCUGUGCUUCUGUCCUAGGAAUGGGACAUAUUUGAACGGUUUCGAAUGUAGAAGUUACUGAAAUCAGUCUAGGGAGGGGACUGGGUUAACUGGCCAGUGCUCUGGGUGCUGCCUAUCCCUGGUGAUCCAGACCCUCGAGAGAGAAGUUACAGAGCAGGGAGUAGCCACAGAAGAGGCCUCAGGGCCCUUCUUCACCAAGGUGGGAAGGAGACACAAGCUCCAUACCACUCCUUGCAGAGGUGGAGCUGGAAGGGGGCAAGAACAGCUGCUUCUCUGAGGAGCACCAAGCAGGACGAGGCCUGUGUGAGCUAUGCUGGCUGACAAGGCAUCCUGGGAUCUCAGUCCUUGCCAGGCCACCAGGAGAGGUGGAUUCUGACCCACUGAAGGCCAAAGGACCAGUUCUUUACACUGACCAGACAGGGGAAUAUUAGACACCUUGGUACUUGGGGCUCUUGAGCCAGUCUCUGCUUUCAACAGGCCAAUUUUCUCUUCUCUUGUACUUCCUCCCGUCUCUACUCUUGCCUCCACCCGAAGGGUUUGGGGGUUAUAGGAACCAAGAACUGGAGGGAGGCCUCCUUGGUGGUUAGAUUUGAACACCUCAGUCUCUCAAGACUCCACCCAGUUUCAUUCACAACAUGGCACAUUCAGAAAAUGGUGACAUUAUUAGGGCACCUUGCGAUCAAUAGGGGAGGAUGCUGGGAACUGAGGGUACCAGUACCUGGGCCCACCUGUAGCCUAUGGGGGCACAGGGGUGGCGCCAUUCAAAGCUCUGCCACGUGAGACCCUUUGCAGAGGGCCUUAAAGGGACACAGGGCUGGGCAGAGUGAACCACCAAACCCUGCCCAGGGUAGGUCACUGCCACCACCAUUACCAUUUCACCUGAGGGGACACCAAGGCAUGGCCUCACUGCUUCUGAGAGGCUGGGCCCAUACUCCCAAAGGUCUGUUCCCAAAGCACAAGGUUCUCUAAGUCUCUCUGUCCAUCUUCCUCCACCGGAUCCCAGCCUUGCCCUCCUUCCCUCUCAAAAUCUGACCCUUCUUCCUCUAAGGCCCCUGUCAGGCACCCCCUUUUCCUAGAAACCACCUUCCCUGAUCUCCACCCCUUCGCCACUCCUGCCCCCAGCACCAACCUCCUAGAGAAUAAGCCUCGAUCUCUCUGCACAUUAUCAGCAUUUUAAGUGUCUCUCAUGGCCAUUACCAAUGUGUCCUUGUCUUUUUUCUCAUCGACUCUGACCUUCUCAAAUACAAAGUCUGAUUAAUUCCUGUGUUCUCAGUGCCUAGCCCAGACCUGGCCAUAGCAGCCAUUAAUGAAUGCUUAUUGAAUUGAUAUGACUAAUACUAGGAGGAAAGGGGCUACUGUUGAGAAAAUUUCUCCCGGGAUGGAGUAAGGUCAGGCCGCAGGCCUGGGGUGUGCGUGUUUACACAGGCUCACAGGAGCAGAAAGGUGAGCGGUAGCCACCUCCCUUAAAUAGGAUGGGAAGUCAUUUUUUUUUUUUUUUUUUUUUGGAGGGAGGAAAGUCUGUUCACCCCAGGGUAGGAUGAAACAUUUGGUCUACCCACGUUGCCUCUGAAACUCUUAAAAAUUUGGCCAAGAACUUUAACAUAAAAGAGCCCCCCCUCCCCAGACUUAGGAGAAAAGAGCCUGGCGUGAUGCCCUUCCUCCUGUCCCUGGCAAAGGUGGGCAGAGGGUGAUGCUGAUUUGGUGGCCUUUUAAGCCAUGGGAGGAGAGGCCUGCCCUCUCCUGUCCCUGUAGCUAGGCACCUGGGAUUCGACAGGGCAACAGAGGGUGACGUGAGCUGAGAACACACUCUGGCCUGUCACCAGGCCACACUUGUACUUCCUGGGGACCUGACACAAAACUCAACCAAACGGCACAAGCCGCCGGCCACUCCCCCGCGUCGUCCACUAGGCUCUGUUCCGCUCUGCUUGCUCCUUUGCCCUGCUCUGCCCGCCACCCAUCAGUCCUGGGAGCUGCGCUCGCCUGCGGCCAUGCACAUCGCUCCCCUGACCACCACACCAGUCCUCACGUUCUGCGCCACCCUGCAUCUCCACGGCACUGCCCGGGCUCGCCACCAGGCCCUCCGGAUGUACUCAACCACUAGCUGCGCCUCCCCC